GUUAGAGCUCUUAAUUAUGCGACCAAGAAAUGCCUAAUCCCAGUGAGCUUUUCUCCCAAUCGUAUAUCCUUUCUUCAUAUGCAUCUUCAUAUGCAAAUGAUUGAAUAACACGUAACACGACUGGGCAAGCAUCGGGGAACCGUCGGAGCCCAAGUCCCCCAUCGUAGUCAAUCCGCAAGAUGACGUGGGCAUAACAACCCUAGAAUUUCCUGGAAUUUAUUAUGGGUGCUACCUAGGGUACCUAUAGGUAGGUGAGUAGAUCCGCAAGCCUCCAAAAUGCCUUCCACAAUGCGAUCACAGUCUUCUUCCCCGGGCAUCAUGUCCUUGCUAACGCCCACCAUAUUCUUCCUCGCAGCAUUAUCUGGCAGCUUUCUAUUCUCACUAAAAACCCACCAUUCAAGACACCCACGAACACGCGAUUUAGCACAAAGCACGCGAUCGCGAGGUCUCGACGAUGAACCCGAAGAGGAGGACGUGGACCCUGUAUCUGUAUCGGGGUCACGACAACUCGUCUACGAUCCAGGAAACGACGAUGACUUCCUCAUAGUACUCGACAGGCCCCAAUUUCGCACGCAAUUUGGAGUGCGAUCUGGUGCGGCCGUGCGCGGAUAUCCUAGUUAUGGGGGCAUCUAUGCACGUCACUGUACUGCGGUCGAGCUAGACUUCUUAGGACUCGACCGCUUCCACAUCGCCAUGAGAUCUCUCGAUCAAGAAGAGGAGGAUGCACAUUGCAACAACAUGCGCAGACUCGGCGCGACGUGGUGGGAAAGCGAAGAUGCUUACCGGCGGAAUGCGAUGGACCCAGACAAAUCCAAUGACCCCGUCACUUUUGUGGGAUGGCCGCCCGGUGGCGGGGUCUGGGUUCUACGAACAACACAUGACGAUGCGACGGCGAGGGGUAUCGGCAGAAUCAAUAAUUGCCAUACCAUGGAGGAAAGAUGCCGUUUAAUCAGAGAAAUGGGUGGAAGUUUCUACGAGAACCCAAGAGAGGGACUAUACCUAGAAUUCUGAACAAUUGGAGGAGGUCUGUAAAUGAACGCUUGGAACCAGGACAGCGACCGUUGUACAACACAAAUCACUCACGUGGGGAGCAUUCAUAUGGGAGUUUACACCGGGGUUUGAAUUGCAUAUUAUGACAUUGGGAGAAAUAUAUACUGUAACUAUUAUAAGGGGCGAUAUUAUCAACAUUUGGGUCAUGUUUCAUUUUUUUCGUAUUUCCUAAUACUUGGGAAACCUCACGAACAGGGAAAUUGGGAAUGGAGACUCUUCUGGGAGUGAAGGAAAAGAAGACACGCGGAGGAUAGAUAGAACCAACUACCGACAUUUUCGACAAUUUCAUAGGGAAGCGCCAGGAGCGCAGCUAACUUAGCUGUGCGUAUGGUUACAUCGAAUGUAUGCAAGUUGGACGCUACCACCGCAAGAUAGUGGAUAUUUUGAAGUUCGCUGAGCUGUACCACAGGAGGAAGUUGUCCGAUGCGGCCUGUACCGUGCGCCUGUGCAGAAUUGUGUUAGAAAAAGUGUUGAGAAUUUGAAAGUGGAUCAAACAGCUUGACCGCCAUCAACUUCUGUAUAUGCUGCCAAUAAUUGUGAAUAAUAUGAUCG